GUUCCUACAUGUUGGUGAAUUCAUCUCAGCACAGUGCAGGCCAGCAAGCUCAGCUGUUGCUGCACACUUUAAGUGAAAAUGACACCCACUGUGUGCAGUUCAGCUACUUCCUGUAUAGCCGUGAUGGCCACAGUCCAGGCAGGCUCAGCGUCUAUGUGCAGGUGAAUGGCGGACCACAUGGAAACUCAGUUUGGAACAUUUCCGGAUCGCAGGGCAGUCAAUGGCAUCAGGUAGAACUGGCAGUCAGCACUUUCUGGCCCAGCGAGUACCAGAUCAUAUUUGAAGCUACUGUCUCUGCUGAGGAGAGAGGCUACAUUGGCCUGGAUGACAUAGUCCUGCUGAACUACCCCUGUUAUAAGGUGCCACACUUCACCAGGCUCGGGGAUGUGGAGGUGAAUGCAGGGCAGAAUGCAACCUUUCAGUGUGUGGCUAACGGACGCGCAUCCAAGAUGGAUCCCUUCACCAUGGAGAGGCAUAAUGGUCUUCUAAUGUUACCGUAUUCACUCACAUCAUCAGUGGGUGAGCGUCGUUUGGCUGCAUGGUUUCAGAUAGAUGGAGCUCAACGGACCGAGCAGGAUCUUUAUCGCUGUAUCACACAAUCUUCCUAUGGAGCUGCUGUAUCCAACUUUGCUGAACUCAUUGUCCGAGUCCCGCCCACUCCAAUCGCUCCACCCCAACUGCUGAGGUCAGGCUCCACCUACCUGAUCAUUCAGCUGAACACAAACUCCAUAGUGGGAGAUGGGCCAGUGAUUCGACGGGAGAUAGUGUACAGAGCCAGCCAUUCUCCUUGGUCAGAGACUCAUGGCGUCAGCUCUCUCACUUACAAAGUUUGGCAUCUGGAACCAGACACUGAAUACCGUAUCAGCGUUCUCCUGACCCGACCUGGAGAGGGAGGAACUGGACCACCUGGACCACCUCUGGUCAGCAGAACAAAGUGUGCUGAGCCCAUGCGUCCACUCCGUGGUCUCACUGCAUCCGAGAUUCAGUCACGCCAAUUGAUGCUACAGUGGGAGCCCCUCGGCUACAACCUGACACGAUGUCACACGUACUCCCUGUCGCUAUGCUACCGUUACUACACUGCAACAGGGAGUGGAGCCAUCACUAAUAACGCCACCGUGAGAGAGUGCUUAUCAGUGGAUAGAAAUAUGUCACGCUUCACGCUACGAGACCUUCCCCCGUUCCGUCCUGUCCACGUACGGCUUGCGUUGGCCAAUCCCGAGGGCAAGAAAGAGAGCCGGGAGGUGACAUUCCAGACGGAGGAGGACAUCCCAGGAGGUAUUGCACCAGAGUCUCUGACCUUAACCCCACUAGACGAUAUGAUCUUUCUGAAGUGGGAGGAGCCUGUGGAACCUAAUGGUCUGAUCACACAGUAUGAGAUCAGCUACCAGAGUAUCGAGUCCUUCGACCCCAGUGUGAAUGUGCCUGGACCACGCCGCACUGUCUCGAAGCUGAAGAAUGAGACAUACCACAUGUUCUCAGGCCUUCAACCUGGAACCACAUACCUGGUAUCCGUGCGUGCCCGCACUGCCAAGGGCUUCGGCCAGACCACCUUAACUGAGAUCACCACCAACAUCUCAGCUCCUGCAUUUGACUAUGAUGACAUCCCUGCUCCUUUAAGUGAAUCCGAGAACACCAUCACUGUGCUACUGCGUCCAGCUCUGUCCCGAGGAGCUCCUGUCAGUGCUUACCAUGUGGUGGUGGUGGAGGAGGAUGGCUCACGGCAAGUGAAAAGGAGAGAGCUUGGUCAUCACGACUGCUUUCCUUCGCCCUCAUCUCAGGGAGAGAGUCAGGGCAGAGUAGGAGGCGUUCCUCCUCACUACUACACGGCCGAGCUUCCUCCCAGCAGCCUUCUCGCAGCCACGCCAUUCACCGUGGGGGACAACCACACCUACAAUGGUUACUGGAACACUCCCCUGGACCCGAGCAAGAGUUAUCUCAUCUAUUUGCAGGCAGCGAGCAACUUCAGAGGGGAGACCCGGAUCAACUGCAUUCGAAUAGCACGGAAAGGUGCAUGUAAGGAUCAUAAGCACGCCCUGGAAAUAUCCCAGAAUUCUGAGGACAUGGGGUUGAUACUUGGAGCUUCUGCUGGAGGACUAGUGGUCUUUGUGCUUUUGCUGGGAACCAUUGUAAUCAUUGUCAAGAAAGGAAGGGACUUCUAUUUUUACCCUUACAACCCGAAGAAAGUGAACAUGAACAAAGCAGCCAUGCCUUAUCGGCAAGAGAAGAAACAAAGGCUAGGCUCACUAGAUUGCAGCACAGCUGACCAAGGCACACUGCAGCAGGAUGAGCGUACCACACACACCUUUAUGGAUGUGCACAGCUGCAGUGCGAGGACCGACCAGCGCAGCUCAGUGAAUGAGUCGAGCAGCCUGCUGGGAGGUUCUCCUAGACGCCACUGCUGCAGGAAGAGCUCUCCGUACCACACAGGCCAGUUGCAUCCAGCUGUUCGUGUAGCUGACCUAUUGCAGCACAUCAAUCAAAUGAAGACUUCAGAGUGCUAUGGUUUCAAGCAAGAAUACGAGAGCUUUUUUGAUGGAUGGGACAUCACCAAAAGGAAAGAUAAGCCCAAAGGCAGACACGAUACCCUGUUGGCCCAUGACCGUCAUCAUGUCAAAAUGCACUCACUCUUGGCUGACCCCAACUCUGAUUAUGUAAAUGCCAACUAUAUUGAUGGAUACCAACGUUCCAACCAUUUCAUCGCCACUCAAGGGCCCAAACAGGACAUGAUCUAUGAUUUCUGGCGGAUGGUCUGGCAGGAGAACUGCUACAGCAUUGUGAUGAUCACCAAACUGGUGGAGGUGGGAAGAGUGAAAUGUUGCAAAUACUGGCCUGAUGAUAGCGAGGUAUAUGGAGACAUUAAGAUCACUCUGCUGAAGACUGAAACAUUGGCUGAAUACACAGUGCGCACCUUCACCAUGGAACGGCGGGGCUAUCCAGCCAAACAUGAGGUGUGUCAGUUCCAUUUCACAUCAUGGCCAGAACAUGGAGUGCCAUAUCAUGCCACAGGAUUGUUGGCCUUCCUGCGCCGUGUUAAAGCCUCCACACCACCUGACACUGGGCCUGUGGUCGUCCACUGCAGUAUGGGUGCUGGGCGGACGGGUUGCUACAUUGUCCUGGAUGUGAUGCUGGAUAUGGCAGAGUGUGAGGGAGUGGUAGACAUCUACAACUGCGUCAAGACGCUCUGCUCGCGGCGCAUUAACAUGAUUCAAACUGAGGAGCAGUAUGUGUUUAUUCAUGACGCCAUCCUAGAGGCAUGCCUGUGUGGCGAGACAGCCAUCCCAGUCAGCGAGUUUGCCCUCACCUAUAAAGAUAUCCUGAGGGUUGACACCCAGAGCAACACCUCUCAGCUCAGAGAAGAGUUCCAGACGCUGAACUCUGUGACGCCUCAUUUGGAUGUGGAGGAGUGCAGUGUGUCACUGCUGCCCAGAAACCGAGAAAAGAACAGGAGCAUGGACGUGCUGCCUCCUGACCGAGCUCUGGCAUUCCUUGUCACCACAGAGGUGGAUGGCGGCGACUAUAUCAACGCAGCACUGAUGGACAGUUUCCUUCGGCCAGCCGCCUUCGUAGUGACGCCUCACCCACUACCCAUCACUACUGGAGAUUUCUGGAGGCUGGUGUUUGAUUAUGGCUGCACCUCCAUCAUCAUGCUCAACCAGAUCAACCAAUCCAACUCUGCCUGGCCUUGUCUGCAAUACUGGCCUGAAACAGGCAUGCAGCAGUUUGGACCCAUGACGGUAGAGUUGCUCUCCAGGUCCACAGAUGAUGAUGUCAUCACCCGGCUGUUUCGGGUCAAUAAUAUCACACGGCUGCAGGAGGGUAACCUGGUGGUGCGUCACUUCCAGUUCCUGCGCUGGUCAGCCUACCGUGAUAUCCCAGACUCCAAAAAGGCCUUUCUCACUCUGUUGGUCCAAGUACACAAGUGGCAGAGGGAGUGUGGUGAUGGUCGCAUUGUAGUUCACUGCCUGAAUGGAGGUGGGCGCAGUGGCACGUUCUGUGCUUGCACCAUGAUAAUGGAGAUGAUUGGGCACCACAGCAUGGUGGAUGUCUUCUAUGCUGUCAAGACUCUCCGUAACUCCAAGACUAACAUGGUGGAGACUAUGGAGCAGUAUCGGUUCUGUUAUGACUUCGCUUUGGAGUACCUGGACUGUUUAGAGGUCAGAUAACACCUGAAGUAGUGACCAGAGAAGCGAUGAAAGAGCAACCGAGCCUUUCGGAGACCUUCGAUGUCGUUUUCUUUCCUUUACCGGUCUCUCAGGCCUGGAUGAACGAGUCUUUCAUGUUCACCUUUUUAUUGUGGUGAAAAAAAAAAUUUAAAAAUACAAGAAAAAAAAAACAAGCAGAGUUACAGGC